ACCGCACCGCCCGGGGAGGCGGAGGUGGCCGAGGGGGACCUGGCGUUGGGUGACGGGCGCGGGGCCCCGCUGAUUGCCGGGCUCAGCCGCCCCCCGCGCUGCAGGCACGAUCAGCAGCACUCUCCGCAGAUCGGAACUCUGACACCGGUGUCGGCGGCGCGGAGAGAGGAGGAUGCGGGCGGCAGAGCGGCAGCAGCAGCGGCGGGCGGCACUCCCCCGCGGCGGACGGGCUGCCCGCGGUGCCCCGGCGGGCGGCUGCUGAGCGCGGCGCCGCGGGCAUGCUGCGGCGGGGAGCAGGAGCCGACGGCAGUGGAGCGAGAAUGAAGGAGGAUGGAGCCACAAAGGACUUUGGCUGACACGUGCGGCUAGGGCCACCCCUUCCCCUCCCUCCUCCCCUCCCCGCUAUGCUGCGCUCCCGCCGGGCCCCUCAGCGCGCUCGACGCACGGCGGCGAUGGAGCCGGCCGGGCUCCUCUGAGGCCGCGGCCGGACCCAGCAUGGCCUCUGUGGGGACCCCGGCGCAGCGGCGCCCUGGGGCGGAGCGGCCGGCGGUGGCGGCGGGGGGCCGGGCGGAGGCGCCGCGGGGCCGCAGCCUGCCCGGGUCCGGCGGGGCGGCGGCGCUGGGCCGCGGGGCCGCGCUCGGCUACCCCCUGGCGGCCGGGGGGGGCGGCGGCGGGACCCAGCUGAACCCCGCCGCGGGACCGGCUCCCGAGGACGAACGGGGCGGGAGCGCCGGCGGGAGCUUCCCCUGGAGGACGGAGCGCGGCCGGCCGGCGGUGCCCGGGCGCAGGGUGUCCCCGAGGCCCCCGCUGCCGCCGCCACCGGUGCUGCUGGCGGGCCCUCCGGGCAGAGCGUGCCUGCGGGCUGUGCUAGCGGACUCACGCUUCUUCCUGGUGUGCAUGUGCUUCCUGACCUUCAUCCAGUCCCUCAUGGUCUCCGGCUACCUGAGCAGUGUCAUCACCACCAUCGAGCGGAGAUACAGCCUCAAGAGCUCGGAGUCGGGGCUGCUGGUCAGCUGCUUUGACAUUGGGAGCCUGGUGGUGGUGGUCUUCAUCAGCUACUUUGGGGGGCGCGGACGGAGGCCACUCUGGCUGGCUGUAGGGGGGUUUUUCAUUGCCCUUGGGGCUGCACUCUUCUCCUUACCUCAUUUCAUCUCCCCGCCGUACCAGAUCCAGGAAUUGAACUCCUCUGUCAGUAACGAGGGCUUGUGUGUGACUGGCAAUGGCACCGCCAAAGAGCAAUGGGACUCGCCGGCCUGCGUCAAGGACUCCGGUGGAAACGACCACUCUCUCUAUGUAGCUUUAUUCAUUUGUGCCCAAAUCCUCAUUGGCAUGGGCUCCACACCCAUCUAUACCUUGGGACCAACCUACUUAGAUGACAAUGUCAAGAAAGAAAACGCCUCGCUUUACCUAGCCAUCAUGUACGUAAUGGGAGCACUUGGUCCUGCAGCUGGAUACUUGCUAGGAGGACUUCUUAUUGGUUUCUAUGUUGAUCCUAGGACAACUGUUUAUAUUGACCAGAAUGAUCCCCGAUUCAUUGGAAACUGGUGGAGUGGAUUUCUCCUUUGUGCCAUUGCAAUGCUCCUUGUGAUAUUUCCCAUGUUUACCUUUCCGAAAAAGCUCCCUCCUCGACAUAAAAAGAGGAAAAAGAAAAAGAAGAUGAACUCUGAUGAUGUUUCAAGUGAUGAUGAAGUGAUGAAAGAGAAAACAAAUAGCAAAAUACAAGCAGACAGUGCAGUUCCUGCCUCUAUGGGAUUUGGAAAGAAUGUUAAAGAACUUCCAAGAGCAGCUAUCAGGAUCUUAAGCAACAUGACAUUCCUUUUUGUGAGUUUGUCAUACACAGCUGAGAGUGCCAUUGUCACAGCUUUUAUUACCUUCAUUCCCAAGUUCAUCGAGUCACAGUUUGGCAUCCCAGCUUCCAAUGCCAGCAUCUACACUGGUGUGAUUAUUGUCCCGAGUGCUGGUGUUGGUAUUGUCCUUGGUGGCUACAUUAUAAAAAAACUGAAACUUGGUGCGAGAGAGUCUGCGAAGUUGGCUAUGAUCUGCAGUGGUGUAUCUCUGCUGUGCUUUUCAACUCUCUUCAUUGUUGGAUGUGAAAGCAUUAAUCUAGGGGGAAUAAAUAUACCUUACACUACUGGCCCCACUCUUGCCAUGGCCCACAGGAAUCUGACUGGGAGCUGUAAUGUUAACUGUGGAUGUAAGAUUCAUGAGUACGAGCCUGUCUGUGGAUCAGAUGGAAUAACAUAUUUUAAUCCUUGCCUAGCUGGCUGCAUCAGUGGUGGAAACCAUAGCACAGGGGUAAGAAAUUACACAGAAUGUGCCUGUGUCCAGAGUCGCCAGGUGAUCACUCCACCGACGGUGGGCCAGCGCAGUCAGCUCCGGCUGGUUAUUGUCAAAACCUACCUGAAUGAGAACGGCUAUGCUGUUUCUGGGAAGUGUGAUCGAACCUGCAACACGCUUAUCCCAUUCCUGAUAUUUCUCUUCAUUGUUACCCUCAUAACAGCAUGUGCCCAGCCAUCAGCAAUCAUAGUGACACUCAGGUCUGUAGAAGAUGGGGAGCGGCCCUUUGCACUAGGAAUGCAGUUUGUUUUAUUACGAACUCUUGCUUACAUUCCCACUCCAAUUUAUUUUGGGGCUGUUAUUGACACCACGUGCAUGCUUUGGCAACAGGAUUGCGGCGUACAAGGAUCUUGUUGGGAAUACGAUGUCACCUCAUUUCGUUUUGUCUACUUUGGGUUGGCAGCUGCUCUCAAGUUCGUGGGAUUCUUUUUUAUUUUCCUGGCCUGGUAUUCCAUUAAGUGUAAAGAAGAGCAACUGCAGAGACAGAGAUGGAGGGCUUCGCCGGUGAACACUGUGAGUGAGAUGGUUGGCCAAGCUGGACCCCAGCAAAACUAUGCACGGACUAGAUCCUGCCCUACCUUCAGCUCCCGCAGGGACAUCAGUGUGGCACAAGGAAUGAACUGCGUAGCACAGACAUACCCCGGCGCUUUUUCAGAAGCAAUAAAUUCCUCAUAUGAAAAUGCAUUGGAGGAAGUCACUGCUGAGAUAUAGACCCCUGGCUUGGUAAUGUAGUAUUUAGUUUUGUUGGUUGACUUAAUUAUGGCGCCUUGUAAAACACCUGUGCCUUCUAUUUUUAAUCUAGAUGUAACAUGAUAAAACCAACAAAGCUUAAUGCAAACAACCAUAUUAUAUUCCUGAGGGCUGGAUACCUCAUACCAACCCAAGCUCUUAUUUCUCCCCUCCCAACAAUGGAGUUUUAAAAAUUGUGUUUGUAAUUAUUUCAGAUGUGUCCAUUAAAUGUCCAUGCUCUGAUCUAAUAUCAAUGUAAGGGUGAGGUACUAUGGACAGCAGAAGUCAGUGGAAGAGUGACAAAAACUCAUAUCAUUGAUGUCUAGACGUCACAAGAAUGCUUAAAUGUAUCGUCAACUUCAUAUCCACAAAUUGUAUUUUUAAGAGAUGAGUAAUUACUGUGAGUUCUGCUACAAAGCACAACUGAACUUGUUUAAACUAUGCAACUUAUUUGGAUAAUUGUAUGUGCAGCAAAUUAAGUUUAAAGUUUGCUUUUAAAGACAUUACUGCAACUGAACUUAAAAGGGGCUACUUUCAGACAUAAGCAUUAAAUUUUAAAAGAACAUAAGGUUUAAAGUACUGUUACUAACAUGUUAAGCCAUACAGAGGUUAUGCAUCAGGUAAUGUUUGCAAAAGUUGAGUCAUAAUAUUUUUAUCCUGUCAAAAUGUGCAUUAAUUUUCAUUUGAUGGGAUGUAGUCAUUCUUCACAAAGUACACAGGCUAGGAAAGUAUAAUGCUUGGAGUAAAAAACUUCAGUAUUACUUUAAAAUAACAUUAUGAUUUGGGAAUCACACACGCAUACCAGAGUGGAUAUGUGCAUAUUUCUGUCAUGUUACUUGGGUAGCUGUUAAUAGCACCAGAUCCAUACUUUUCCUGAAGAAGAAAAUAGCCAGUUAUAGCUUGAUAGGAAGAACUUGGCUGUCCUUCAGAAACACGUGCCAGUCUACUCCAGCUUCAGUGAACAAAUCUUGAGGAGAGCUAAGGGCCUCAUUUCAUGUUUGAGUGGCCACCUGGGACCCAGCGGGCCCCUUGCAGCCAGCGACGGCAUGGGUUUCGGGCUGGCACCGCUUGCUGCCUGCUGUGGGAGUGAGCAGAGACCCUUCAAGUGGGCUUCGAGCAGCCUGCCCACCUCCGUGCCUGGUAUGAGCUUUCCCCUCCACUCCUGGUGGGACAGGCCUGGAGGUCCUAGUUGAAUGGUUUGUCCAACGAGUGGCCACCUUUCCUUUUCCCAGCUUCAUUGAAAGCUUCUGUGAAGGCAAGGGUGAGUCAUCUCUCCUUUGGCCUUUCAGGGGAAGAGCUAACAAUAGAAAUUGUCUGCCAGCAGGGACCCACCGAAUGUGGUGUGGCCUUUGCAUAUUCAAAAUUACCGUAGUGUGUUUUCUCCUCAGGAGGUGCUGAGACUUUCGAAUCAAAUGUACUUGGCAUUUCAUUUCUUGCCCUGGAGGCUUUGUAGUGCCAUGCACAUGAUGUACUGAUGAUGUCUCAAAGGGCAGAGAAUGAUUUCAGGUGGACGGUAGGAAGUCAAAGUUGUAAUUUGCCCUGCAGGGAAAGUCUUAGAAGUUCAGGAAGUUAAAAGCGCUCUUUCAAGAAGACUCAUUGAUAGUCAGGUUUGGAUUUUGCCAUGUAGAGAGCUUGCAUGAAAAUAAAUAGGAAAGAGCAGAACUUCUACAUAUUUUUAAACAGAGUUAUUCCUGGUUUAAUUUUUAAUUGUAAGUCUAUCAAAUGUUACAUGGAACCAAGUCUUUGAAAUUAAAGGCAGUACUCUCCUUGGCAUCCAUUGGGUUGUCCUGGGAAGAGCAGAUUUCCCUCUCCUCCUUUGCUGGCUGCCUUUCCUUGUCUGCUGGCUCUUUUUGACUGACACAUGGGACUACCUAUGGGGCUGUUUUCCCUGCUUGAAAUGGUCACUGCUUAUUUCACUGAGAGUAUCUCAGUCCAUUUAUGUGGCUUGCAAUGAUUUCCACUCUGUCUGUCUGCAAACUCAGGUGCUUCUACCCCAAACUACAACAUAGAGGAAUAUCAUUUUAAUCACGUCCUCCUAUUAAGUACAUAUUAGUAGCUUUCUGGGAUCAAGCCUGAGGUUUUUUUUCUCUUGUGCAGCCACUAGAUGCAAUAUGUCCUCAGUCAGCAUGUGCCACCUGAAAUGUUAGCUUCUACACUUCUCAUCCUGAGAAAUAAAUUUUCUUAGCUCAAAGGUAUUUAGUAUAUUUCUUUUUGCCAUAGGAAGUCAGAAGAGAUGAUAAAAAUGUUCCCUUUUGCUCUGGUCUCAAAUGCUUCUUGCACCAGGAAUUUCUUGUCACUGCAAAAAUUGAGACAAAGUAGUAGGACAAAAUGUAAUUGCAGCCCAUCACCUAUCCAUUUUAAUCACUUGCCCAUUUUAAUCAUCAUGGGGUGAGGUGAAGAAUGACAAUCUAUCUUCUCGAAUACCUCAGAAACAGCAUUUAGGGAAUUGUAAAAGGCUGGAGAUGAAUCAUCUAUCCUGAUCUAUUCUAUUUCAUGUGCUUCUCUUCCAUGUGAAUAACAAAGGAGAGAAGAUUAGGCUUGUAGGAUUGUCAGGAUGUCAGGAGCUGACACUGAUGGCAAAGAAUGAGAGCGAUAGAAGUGACACAUCUGCAACUGCUGCUGCUUCUGAGCUGACUUCAGGAGAAUUCAGAGCUUGUUGGAAUGGUGGCCACCUGUUUUUUAGGAAAUCCUGACAUUUCAGCUUCUAAAAACAUUAAUUUUUUUGAAAUGUUUGAGAAACUGAAAUGUAGAAGGAAAGAUGUUCGAUUUGGAAAUACCAGAAAAGCCUUGUUUACAUACAUUCAAUAGCCUUCUAAUUCUCCUUUCAAAAUCAUAUGCAAAACAAAAAGUAAUUUGUUACUUUUCAAACAAUUUUGUUAGUAUUUUUGGAGAUGAUAGAUGGUUUUGACCAUAUGAAUAUAUUUCUAUGAAAUCACUUAAUUAAAUCAGUAUCCUCUGAAAGAAAGAAAACCCAAACUCUGGCCAGUUUUUGAUUGAUUCCUGAAAGAGGUUUUAUUGUGACUAAGUUGUAACAGUCUAAAGUAAGCCAAUAAAGGAACACAGGGGAAACACAUUAACUUCUUAGAGAACUCAAUUCCAACAUUUUCAGCAUUGACCAAAAUGUGGGCUGUGACCUGCUGAACAAAGACUAUUUUCUGAGAUUGUCAUUGCUGAAGGAAGCAGAGUUGCUAGAGAAAUUGUGUGCAUCCCUAGCAGUAGUCUUGAUCUAUGUGUGGUAAUAAACCGACUCACAAGAAGAAAGGAACUUUAUUUGUCACCUAGUGAAAGUGGCCAUGCUGUCUUCCUGCUGGGAAAUCCUGACCACAGAAUAUAAAAUUCUAUUAACUUGUAAUUUCUGCCACCUUCCCUCUCUACCCCCAAACACUAAAGGCUGCAUAGUAGCGAGUACAAGAAAAGGUAGUACAGGUGUCCUGAACACUCACAGGCUGCUAUUGGUAGCAAACCCAAGUCAUCUACCUGUAGUUAACCAGCCAGGGAUAGUAUGGAGCAAUUAUAUUGUCGUCAUUAACUGCAAGUCCACAAAGUGCUGUCAUGCCAAGGACAUGGCGCAAGGACAGACUAAUUUCCUUUUACACCACUUAUUCCUGAUCUAGGAUGAGGGACAUGAGAGGAGAAGAGCGCCUUGGACUACUUCUAGGGGGAGGUACUUAGAGGAACGUAGCCCCCUAUGGGCUUGACUGAACAGGUCCCUGCUUGGCUUCCCAUUCAUCUUUGUUUCCUCAAAAAGAGGAAAAUGUUCAGAAGGGACAUAGCCAUUGCCUGGGGUGCUUAUGAGUGCAGCACCCUCAGGAGAUGGUUCACAGAUCUUUUGGAGGUUGGAGUACCUGGAGAGUGGGACUCUUUGUAUUUGCAGAUCUAGGCAAAAGCCCUGUGGUUUUGUUCUCUGUUCUUCCACAUAAGCAUACUGGAUAUAAUAUGGUAUAAUUUGUAACUGGUGGCAUUUUAUAUCCUUUCAGUACAGCGUGAGCAGCUGCAAGAAACACAUUGAAUAUUAUGGUGCAAUUUAUAUUUAAUUGGAAACAUUUAGUUCUUUAACCAGUCAUAAUAUCUUUAAAAGUGCAUGUAGUAACAUGAAGUUCUUCAGAACUUGCUGUUCUGUAAGUGAAGCAGGGGUACAAAUCUCCUCCUAGGUAUUAGAAUUAUAAGUUUGAAAGGCCCUGGCUUAGUUACAAACACCUGAGUGUAGUGUUUUCAAAAAUAUGUUUUCUUCUUUUUGAAAAAAAUAUAGCUUGUUAAUUCUUAGCAGUAACUAUCCAUGCAUUAUGGCUCUGAUCCAGCAGAACACUCAAAUAUGUGUGUAAGUUUAUAUACUUAUUAAGUAAUGCACUUACUUAAAAAUAAUGCAUGUACAUAAGUAUUGGACUGAAUCCCAUUUUCAUUCAAAAAGGAGUUUCUGUACCCAAAGAGUAAUUUCCAUGCUGAGCUUUUUUCACCGCGGAUUCAGUGAUCAUUGUAACCAGAACAGCACAAAGUAGCACUCGAGUACUCCCCUGGGGCAUUCACAUGUGGAUACUUUUCUAUCUGGCAAUGGAGAAAAGUCUUCAUUUUCAAAUAGAAUUCAAAUUUAAAAUAUUUCGUGGACAUGCUCAAAGAUACAUUCUAGCUUUUCCUGCCAUUCACUUAUUUUCUCAAUUUCUUGCUGAAAAUGUGUGUUAUGUGAGGAGAUAGAUUAAAUAAGGGCAUCUUUCUGACCUUAAAGCCAAUGAAAUUGCUUCAAGUAAUGCUUUAGAUUGUGCCCUUUCACAGAAUUUGGACCUAAAGGUUCAGAUGACAAAUUUUCAGUAACCCGCACAAACACAGCGGAGCACUACCUGCUCUGUGUAACUGAGACAGAAUGGCUGGGAGAGGGUUCAGCAGCUCCUGUACUGUUCUUGCGGGUUUUCCCCCCAAAUGCCUGAAUUAUUGCUGCCUUACUACACUUCCUGUGUGUAAUACCACAACUCUUCAUGGUGUUAUAUUGACCUAAAACUGAUGAUAAAUAGUCCAAAGUGUCUUACUUCUAUUUUGGAGCCAGAUUCUCAGCCCCAUCAGUGCGACAAUGAGGCUGAAGAAUUGGGCCAGUACCUUGGGUUGGGCAUUACCAAGCUGGUGCUUUAGCAAGUGUGUGUGGAGCUAAGACAUAUCAAGUGCUUGUUUAGCAUUUAUACUCUGUUCACUGGUGGUUACUACUCUGUUAUUAGUUGUUAGAUCAAAGACUAAAUAUUUCCUAAAUAAGUUUAUCUUUUUCUGCUUUCUCAAUAAUACAUAUUUUAUAGCAGCAUAAGAGAUGUUAUUCUGCAUGCUGCAGUAUCUGGCUUCUCUUAGCUGAAGCCAUCAGCUGAAGCUGUGGUUUCCUUCCAGGGGCUUAAAACACCUGGUAACAGAUUUACCUGGACUGCAAUCUGAAUCAGCAUUGCUUUGGGCAGAGUGUUUGCCCCGUGUAGAUUAAACCUGUAUCAAAACAUUUCAGGUUCUUCACAUAUCGGACUUGAUUUUACAGACAUUUUUAUCCCUCAGAGUGCUUAGAAGAUGGACAGUCAACAUGACAUCAUGGUAGUAGAUUCUUUGGUAUAGAAUUAUGGCUUUUUUUCUUAGAACAUUUUGGUUUAUGAAUAACAAUUCAAAAAGUUUACAUAUAAACAUUGUCACAGAGUAGAGAUGUGUAGCCUUCAGUGUGGGCACUAGGUAUGGCCAGGGUUCACAUGAUUUGUCUUCUUUACAAUGAAUAUCACAAAUACAUGUUGUUAUGUGGCCAAAAGUUUGAAAGCCUACCUGAUCAUCAGGAAGGAAAUUUUUCUUACCCUUUCCACAGAAUAUAUUACAUAAAUUAAGGAGGACAGCUAACACUAUCUAUAGCUAUAUCCAUUACGUUAACUACGGUAGAUAAUUGUACUUUUUAACAAUCCCCCUUUCCAGUCCUUCAGAUAAGUUCUUUCAUUUGACUUUUAAUUUGUCUUCAUUUGACAGAUAGCUCUGCAAAUUCAAAGCAGCUACAAACAUUUCUUGGUUUCAAGUGUUAUGAAACAGAUGGUUAUUUAUUCAGGUUCCAUUCUACUCUUCUGACAUUAUCUUCUGCAUAUUGUUCUAUUUACAUUAUCUGUUGUGUGUACUGUAUUGUCUUAACAAACCAGUUGUCACAAUGUUAUCCCGUAACAACAUUUUGUUCAUGGUAUAGAAGAAGUGAAAAGCUGUGGAAUUCAUGAAGGGCUACGAAAAGCAUCCAAAACAUUGUUCACCUCAAGGAAGGGUGAGACAGCUUGAUAAUCUUUGGACAAAUGACUAAACAACGCUGUGGUGCUAAUAAGUAUACUGAAGUAUUUUACGAUGUAUUCACUAUGACUUAAAUGACAUAUUCAAGGCAUGUCAAUGAUGCAACUGCAUGUGUUUUUGUUCUUAAAGUCUGUACUGCUCCAGCAAAGACAGUGUUUGUAAUUCCUGGUGGGCCAAUUCCUGCCUAGCUCUUCUGUGGGAAAGUCAUUUCAGGAGGCUGUGUAGGAUUUGGCCCAGCGCUAACAGCUAAGGUAAAAGCUGACCACAGAAAUCUCAUGUAGGAUGUAUUCAUGCUGCUGUAGCAUGUUACUUCAUGUAGUGGCUUUGCUUAAGCAAAUGCUGAAAAUAAAUUCUAUAGUAAUGAC